AUGUUUGGAUUGCCAAAAGAUUUUAAAUCAAAAAAUAUCAUCGUGAAAAUUGAUAAUAAUAUAAAACGCAGAACUUAUGGCGAUUCUUCUCCUCCUAUGCCACGUAGAAAACGUCAUAGCAGUGUUAUAAAGUAUGAUGGUAGUUCAGAUGAGCGAGGGUUGUCCGAAUAUGUACGUAGUAGUGCUAGAACGCCACAAAGUCCUAGAGUGUCUAGGUAUUCAGAAAUUGAACAAUUUGACCGAUCUAGGGAUUUGGAUCGAUUGCAUGCCACUUAUAAAGUUUUGUGUGUGAGUGCUUUACAUCCUAAAGCAAGUGACGAACAAGUUAAAAAUACUUUGUAUCGAGAAUAUCGCAAAUUUGGUGAAUUUUCUGUUAAAAUAUCACAUGAACUAGAUGAAAGAAUGGCAUAUGUAUGUUUUAAAAGCUCAGAAGAUGCUAAAGAUGCCAAACACAGUAAGCCUAGAGUACAUUUGUUUGAUAAAGUAGCUUUAGUUGCACCUGUAUAUGAAAGUCGUGGUUCUAGAGAUCACCACGAAUUAAGAGCUAGACGUUCACAAUCCCGAAAUUUUUCUCCAGAUGUUGAAAGGUACUAUCCUGUUCCUACAGAAGUUCAUAGACCACAUCAAAUUGAUAGGUUAUAUGAAAGGGUACCAUAUGGUGUUCUUCCAUCCAUGCGGCGGCCACGGGUUUUUCGAGAAAUAGGUUUGCCACCAUUACGUCCAAGUGAACUUCCAAUAUCUAGACAACAGUUAUUGCACCAUAUGGCUCCUAUUCAUUCUCAUUUAGGGCCAAUUCAUGCAUUGUAUGGCCCACCAAGACAUCUUAUGCUACCAUUUAAACCAUACCUUAAUCCUCAUUUGACGUAUGACAAAAAAGAUAAAUUUCCCAACUAUUUACACCAUAUUCCACCAGAAGACGACCCAUUAGCUACACGUACAUUGUUUGCUGGAAAUUUAGAAUUUUCUAUUUCGGAUGAAGAACUUCAUUGUUUAUUUGGUAAAUAUGGAGUUGUUGAGGAUAUAGAUAUUAAACGCCCAUUGCCAGGGACAGGAAAUGCAUAUGCAUUUGUUCGUUAUCAAAAUUUAGAUAUGGCUCAUAGAGCAAAAGUCGAAUUAUCUGGUCAAUAUUUAGGCAAAUUUCAAUGUAAAAUUGGCUAUGGAAAAUCUAUACCAACACAAAGAAUAUGGGUUGGUGGUUUGGGACCUUGGACAUCACUUGCUCAGCUAGAACAGGAAUUUGAUAGAUUUGGUGUUAUUAAAAAAAUUGAUUUUGUCGAAGGUGACAUUUGUGCUUAUAUUCAGUUUGAAUGUAUUGAUGCUGCAACUGCAGCUGUCAACAAAAUGAGAGGAGUGUCUUUAGGAGGUCCGGAACAUAAACUUAGAACAGAUUAUGCUAAAAGUAUUUGUGGCAGUCCUACAUUAACUAGUUCAACAAAGUCAUCCCAAAAUGAUGUUGCAGCAACUACAGGAGAUUUACAAGAACUAACAAGACAAAAUGAAUAUCCAUUUGGUUGGGCAGAAGAUGAGUAUCCUUUGUAUAGUUCUAAAAUUGAUCUUAAAGAUCGUACAGAGUAUAGUGAAGAAAGUAGAGAAUUUGACAAUCAUGAGAAUAGAUCAUUCAAGCAGCAUUCUGUUUCUGAUAUUAGUUCUUCUCAAUCACCACUUCACCAAUCGAUUGACAGUGAUGUUGACUCAGAAGAAGGAGAAAUACAAUCUCUAAGUCCUUUGGAUUCUGUUCGUACACUAGAACAUUUGGCUUGUAAAUGUUCUUAUACAUGGCAAGGCAGUCUUGUAUUAAAAAGCUCUCAGUUCCCAACUAAAUGCCAUUUAACUUCCGGCGAUACAAAUGUCAUAAAGUCAAUGAUGAACGAUUUUGAUGGUAAAUCAAUAUUACGCAUAACUCAACGAUUGCGUUUAGAUGAGACAAAGUUGGAAGAUGUUUCUAAACAUAUAAUGACUGCUGAUAAACAUGCCAUAUUUUUGGCAAUGCCAUUUUCUACCAACUCGAUUUCCAACAAUGAUGCAUUGGUACAAAUUAGACCGUUACAUAAUUUAGUAUCAUAUUUAAAACAAAAAGAGGCUGCCGGGGUAAUAUCAUUACUAAGUGAAGAUCCUGAAACAACUGGUGUAAUUUAUGUAUUUCCUCCAUGUGAGUAUUCAGCUAAAUUAUUGAAACAAAGUGCAAAAAAUUUAAGCAGUGAAGCAUUAAAUGAUGAUCAUUUAGUUGUGGUAGUAGUUAAUGGUAAUAUUUAA